AUGUCUGACGUUACUGAUAAGACUGCAGAGCAAUUGGAACAAUUGAAGAUCGAGGAGCAGACGGCGCCUACGACGACGGAAUCUGAGACUCCAAAGGUUGAGACGUCUGGGGCAUCUUUGUAUGUUGGGGAGUUAGAUCCAUCAGUUUCGGAGGCGUUAUUGUAUGAUAUUUUUUCGCCUAUUGGGUCAGUGUCUUCGAUCAGGGUUUGUCGGGAUGCUAUUACGAAUACGUCAUUGGGGUAUGCUUAUGUUAACUUUCACGAUCAUGAAGCGGGGAGGAAGGCUAUUGAGCAGUUGAACUACACUCUUAUUAAGGGUAAGCCUUGUCGCAUUAUGUGGUCGCAAAGGGAUCCAUCUUUGCGCAAGAAGGGUUCUGGGAACAUUUACAUCAAGAACUUGCACCCUGCGAUUGAUAAUAAGUCCUUGCAUGAGACGUUUUCCACCUUUGGGAAUAUUUUGUCUUGUAAAGUGGCAACUGAUGAUAAUGGGGUUUCUAGAGGGUUUGGGUUUGUGCACUUUGAGAACGAAUCUGAUGCUAGAGAUGCGAUUGAGGCAGUUAAUGGGAUGUUGAUGAAUGAUCAGGAGGUUUAUGUUGCAUGGCAUGUGUCUAAGAAGGAUCGUCAAUCCAAGCUUGAGGAGGUAAAGGCCAAGUUCACCAACAUAUAUGUUAAGAACAUUGACCUGGAGACCAGUCAGGAAGAGUUUGAACAGUUGUUUUCCAAGUAUGGAAAGAUAACCUCUGCCGUUUUGGAAAAGGACUCCGAGGGUAAGCUAAGGGGGUUCGGUUUCAUUAACUUUGAGGAUCACUCCACCGCCGCCAGAGCUGUUGAUGAGUUGAACGAGUCUGAUUUCAGGGGCCAAACGCUGUAUGUUGGCAGGGCUCAGAAGAAACAUGAGCGUCAACAGGAACUGAAGAAGCAGUAUGAAACUGCUAGAUUGGAAAAAUUGGCCAAGUACCAGGGUGUUAAUUUGUUCAUUAAGAAUUUGGAUGAUUCCAUUGAUGAUGAGAAGUUGAAGGAUGAGUUUGCUCCAUUUGGAACCAUCACCUCUGUCAAAGUGAUGAAGGAUGAAGCAGGUAGCUCCAGAGGCUUUGGUUUUGUUUGCUUUUCCACCCCAGAGGAGGCUACCAAAGCGAUCACCGAAAAGAACCAACAGCUUGUUGCCGGUAAGCCGCUCUACGUUGCUAUUGCUCAGCGGAAGGAGGUUAGAAGAAACCAGUUGGCCCAACAGAUUCAAGCUAGAAAUCAAAUGAGGUUCCAGCAUGCGAACGCGGCUGCUGCCGCUGCUGUUGCCGGUCUGCCAGGUCAAUUCAUUCCUCCACCAAUGUAUUAUGGUGGUAUCCCUCCAAGAGUCCCUUUCCAAGGCCCUAAUCCACAGAUGACCGGUAUGCCAAAGAAUGGCGCUAUUCCGCCCCAGCAAUUUGGUAGACCAGGCCCAAUGUACGGUGGAUUUGGUCCACAAGGUCAGUUCCCAAGGAACGGCCAACAACAACAGUUUUAUCAACAAAAACAAAGACAAGCGCUAGGCGAACAACUGUAUCAAAAGGUUUUUGCCAAGACUCAGGAUGAGGAAGCUGCAGGUAAGAUUACGGGUAUGAUUUUGGACUUGCCACCUCAACAGGUUAUCCAAUUGCUUGAAAACGACGAUCUGUUGGAGCAGCACUUCCAAGAGGCGCAUGCUGCCUACAAGAAGUUCAAAGCAGACCAAGAGGCACAAGUUGCCUCUGUCGAAUCCCAGGAGUGA